UACUUCACCUUCACAAAUCACAACCUAACCCACACCAAACGACAUCUGUUCUCUCUUUCUCUUUCCGUCGUUGACACCGAUCUACGCAUUCUCCGAUUCCCACCGUAAACCUAAUCCAAUGGCCAGCAUCGAUACCCAGAAACCCACCGACACCACUCCCGCCGUCGAAAACCCUACCAAAGCCGUCGACCCCCCGGCCCCAGCCGCCGCGCCUAAACCAGAUCUCCCCGUAGACCCUCCCACCGAGACUCCCGCCCCUACAGCCCCACCCUCCGCCGUUGACUCAGCUGAAAACGUGUCCAAGGCGGACUCCGAGGACCCCAAGACCGCUGCGGCCGCAGAGGAUGGCGCUGCUCCGGCUUCUGUUGUUGAGAAGAAGAUCCGCCGCGCCGAGCGCUUCGGUAUAUCUGUGCAGCUCACUGAAGAAGAGAAGCGCAAUUCUCGAGCUGAAAGAUUUGGUACUGUUUCUACAUCACAUGGAUCAGAAGCAUCCAAAAAGUCUGAGGAGCUGAAGAGAAAGGCUAGAGCAGAGAGGUUUGGGAUUGCUGCUCCACCUGUGGCAAGUGAUGAGGAUGCGAGGAAGAAAGCUCGACUGGCCCGAUUUGCACCUGUUUCUAAGACUGCUAAACCUGACCCUCAGGAAGAAGAAAAAAGGAAGGCAAGGUCACUCAGGUUUUCAAAUGGUUCUGCAGGUUCUCUCUCUCAAGUGAAUGACAAGGGAAAUAUUGAGCAGAAGGCAGCGAUUGCAGGCGGUGCUGUAGGAAAGGCAUGAAAGGAAGCUUCCUCUCUUAGUAGUACGUUAAUUUUUCUUCGUUUAGGGUUCUAACAUUUUGUGAUUCCCUUGAGGCUUCCUACCUAUACCUACUUCUGAUUGCAUGGGUUAUCAGGCGAUGCAUUUUCCAUUUAGAUAUAUAUCUUCUACAAGUUGGUGAACAAAAUUCGGUGGCAAGGAGGAGCUUUAUUUCAUACUGGAUUUGGUAAUGAAGAACUACCUGCUUAUUGUUAGCGUACCUUGAAAUCUACCAAGAAUGUCUUAAAUUCAGAAUACAACCUAGGGAAAAUCAUUAAUCUACCAGGAUUUUUUGGCGACCGUUUGGUGGUUACUCUUCCGAUAUCUCUAUUGACACAAGGACAACUGCUCAUUUUGGCUUAUGGUCGCAUACUCAUGAUGCAGUGUUGAACAGUAGUACCAAGUUGGUUUUCUGAGUGAGUCUAUAUAGUCUGAUGAAUGGUAAUCAACGUUAUAAACUGCUAAUGGUAGGAUGAAUUUUGGAAAACUAUAAACUAAAAAUUAGAAGAGUCAAGCAGUGAAUAAUAGGGAAUGGCUUCAACAGUAUCAGUUAUGAGGGAGGCAUAUCUGCAGUUAAGUAAUGUAGUAUUUUUAUGUAUCUGAGCUAGCUAUUUUAUCUUUUUUACUUUUGCUUGUGGUUCAAAGUUUUUUGGUUUCGUAUUUGAUAAUAGCAUGAGAGUGUUCAGAUGAGAGGUAUAACCAUGUACUGUUGAGUAGUAUUGUCCAACACUGUGUCAUGAGAAGUAUGACCGAGAUGGGUUCAAGAGUUAAAGGUAAUUAUUACAUAUCAGUUUGUCAGAUUUGCUGAACAGUGGAUCCAAAAGCCGGAAGCCUUCCCUAGAUUGUAUUACUAGAAUUUGUGAUAUUCUUGGUUGUUGAUUCAAGGUCUCUUUGAGGGUAGUUGUGGAUUUUCUUAAGCUUUGCCGGGUGAGUAGUGCAAUCUUCAGGUAGGGUUUUGGGAUAGGAUUGUACUCUUUGAAUUUUGUUCAGUUUUAGCUUUGUAAUUUUUAUAUUUUGUAUAUGAAGCUUUCACUGGAAAAAUGUAAAGACGUCCAUUGUAUGUCGAAAUUUAUUUUUCUUUUAGCUUAUUGUGGAUGGAGGACCUGUUUGACUUUUUUAUAAAAGGGAAUCACAAAAUGUUGGUUUAUGUUCU